AUGGCUUCUAGCGCUUCCAAGACCAACAUUGGCGUUUUCACCAACCCUCAGCAUGAUCUGUGGAUCAGCGAGGCCUCUCCCUCCCUCGAGAGCGUCCAAAAGGGCGAGGAGCUGAAGGAAGGCGAGGUCACUGUUGCCGUCCGAAGCACAGGCAUUUGCGGAUCCGACGUCCACUUCUGGAAGCACGGUUGCAUCGGCCCCAUGAUCGUCGAAUGCGAUCAUGUCCUCGGCCACGAGUCGGCAGGCGAGGUCAUUGCUGUCCAUCCCAGCGUCAAGAGCAUCAAGGUCGGCGACAGGGUUGCCAUUGAGCCCCAAGUCAUCUGCAAUGCCUGCGAGCCCUGCCUGACUGGCCGUUACAACGGAUGCGAGCGCGUUGACUUCCUCUCUACGCCCCCUGUGCCCGGCCUUCUCCGCCGCUACGUUAACCACCCUGCCGUGUGGUGCCACAAAAUCGGUAACAUGUCCUACGAGAACGGUGCCAUGCUCGAGCCCCUUUCCGUGGCGCUGGCCGGUCUUCAGAGAGCCGGUGUUCGUCUGGGCGACCCUGUCCUCAUUUGUGGUGCCGGCCCCAUUGGUCUGAUUACCAUGCUCUGCGCCAAGGCCGCUGGUGCCUGCCCUCUUGUCAUUACCGACAUUGACGAAGGUCGCUUGAAGUUCGCCAAGGAGAUCUGCCCCGAGGUCGUCACCCACAAGGUCGAGCGCCUGUCGGCUGAGGAGUCGGCCAAGAAGAUCGUCGAGAGCUUUGGUGGAAUCGAGCCCGCGGUGGCUCUCGAGUGUACUGGUGUCGAGAGCAGUAUCGCGGCUGCUAUCUGGGCCGUCAAGUUCGGCGGCAAGGUGUUCGUCAUCGGCGUGGGCAAGAACGAGAUCCAGAUUCCUUUCAUGCGCGCCAGUGUGCGCGAGGUCGACCUGCAGUUCCAGUACCGUUACUGCAACACUUGGCCCAGGGCCAUUCGCCUGGUCGAGAAUGGCCUCGUUGACCUCACCAGGCUGGUGACGCACCGUUUCCCGCUGGAGGAUGCGCUCAAGGCGUUCGAGACGGCGUCAGACCCCAAGACGGGUGCCAUCAAGGUGCAGAUCCAAAGUCUGGAGUAAUUGGUUUGAGGUCGUUCAUUAU